CAAAGGGAGACCCGGGGAAGGGGUGGGGGGGGGCUUCUUCCUUUUUCCCCCCCCCCUUCCAAUCAGGCGCUCCGUUAGCCACCUAUGGCCUCAGAGGCGAUGGCGGCGCCCACCGGCAGGGGGCGCUGAGGAGGCGCUGCGGCCUUUUUCGCCUGUAGUUUUUUUUUGCCCCCCUCAGGCGCGCUCUGACGUCAUCAGGGCGCGCGGGCGACGCCAGAGGAGGCGGAAGAGCGGCGAAAGAGAUGCUGGAGACGCUGCUGUCCGGGGCCGCCGAGGGGCUGAUCCUCAUCCAGGAUGCAGUUGCUUGCGAAGGCCGCUCCCUGCUGAAGAGCUUCAUCACAGCUGCCGCCCAGCGGGCAGAGUAUAUCCAUGUUCUCAGCUUUGAUCUCCCAGAAUUGGAAUUCAAGGCUGGGCUGAGCACUGAAGUGACCGCCCGGAUAUCGUUUCAUGAUGCUUUUCCAGAUCCCCUGUGCUGGUGCGGGAGGGGCAACGGCCUGAUCCUGGGAGAAUUCUCCGCUUCGGAAUUAGCAUCCCGCCUGGCCACAACCUCACAGGGAUCUACCACGAUCGUGCUGGAUUCCCUCAGCUGGCUGCUACUCCGCCUUCCCUUUCCCUCCGUCUGCCAAGUGCUGGCACAGCUGCCCAGGACAGCGAAUGCUGCUGGGCUGAAAAUUGUCCGGACCGUGGUGCUCAUCCACGGGGAUUUGCACCUGCCUGCCCAGCUGAACGUGCUGAAGAUGUUGGCCCGCCUGGUGGUGACCCUGCAGCCGGGACCGGGGAGCGGUCGAGGUGGGGAUGGGACCCCUCAAACCGCUAUCGUCGUCCGUAGAGAGAGGGGGAAGAGGCUUCUGCAGAAGACAGAACUCUUCAGCAUCCUCCCGGGCUUUGGGUUCAAAUUCCUCCACGAGCUGCCCCCGAAAGGCGUUUCCAGAGAGGAGGAGGCAGAGGAAGGCCGGGACAACGCAGCGGUUGAUCCAGCGGCCCAUCUGACCUUCAACCUGCGUCUCACGGAGGCCGAGCGCCAAGCCAGGGAGUCGGUGCCUCUCCCGUACCACUUCAGCGAAGAAAAGAAGUCCUCUCUGCUACAGACAUCAACCGAGGAAGGGAAAAUCUACUAUGAACCGGACGCUGCCGAUGACUUUGACGAGGAAGAUCCCGAUGACGACUUGGACGUGUGAAGGAGAAUCGGGGGAGCCGGCUGUUUUUUUUUUUUCAGAUCUGGAUCUUUUUCCAGAUCCUUUCACGUCUUCCUGGAGACCUGCUUUUCUUGGCAACUUGGGAACCAGUCAGCCUUUGGGAAUGGUCUGGCGGGGCAAAUCGGAACCCGGGGCCAUCCGAAGAAGGGAAACAGUCCAGAUUUGCUGCUUCAUUCGUCCGGGAAAGGACAGGAGUGAAAAAAAAAAAAGUGACUUUCAGGAAAUCGAUUUGGAUCCCAGAUGCUGACGGUGGAGGAGUGAUUUGGUAACUCCCAUCCUUUUGAGGAAGGAGAGGUUCACAGGCAGGCAGACAAUAAACUAUCUGAAUGCUGA